CUCGGCGGAGUCCGGAUGGAGGACUCGGACUCGGCCGCCAAGCAGCUGGGCCUGGCCGAGGCGGCGGCGGUGGCGGCCGCGGCCGCUGUGGCGGCGGCGGCCGCGGCCGCGGCGGGAGGCGAGGCGGAGGAGCCGGUGCUCAGCAGGGACGAGGACUCGGAGGAGGACGGAGACUCGGAGGCGGAGCGCGAGACGCGGCGGGUGACGGCCGUGGCGGUGAUGGCCGCCGAGCCCGGGCACAUGGACAUGGGCGCCGAGGCCCUGCCCGGCCCCGACGAGGCCGCCGCGGCCGCCGCCUUCGCAGAGGUGACCACCGUGACAGUGGCCAAUGUGGGCGCCUCGGCGGACAACGUCUUCACCACGUCGGUGGCAAACGCCGCCUCGCUCUCGGGCCACGUGCUGUCGGGCAGGACAGCCCUUCAGAUUGGGGACAGUCUGAACACCGAGAAGGCCACGCUGAUCGUUGUGCACACGGACGGGAGCAUCGUGGAGACCGCCGGGCUGAAGGCACCCGCUGCUCCUCUCACGCCCGGCCCUCAGUCUCCUCCGACUCCUCUGGCUCCCGGCCAAGAGAAAGGUGGAACUAAGUACAACUGGGACCCAUCGGUGUACGACAGUGAGCUGCCUGUGCGCUGUCGGAACAUCAGUGGCACCUUGUAUAAGAGCAGGCUCGGCUCAGGGGGCCGGGGGCGCUGCAUUAAGCAGGGGGAGAACUGGUACAGUCCUACCGAGUUUGAAGCCAUGGCAGGAAGGGCCAGCAGCAAAGACUGGAAGAGAAGCAUCCGCUAUGCGGGGCGGCCACUGCAGUGCCUCAUCCAGGACGGGAUCCUAAACCCUCAUGCCGCCUCCUGCACCUGUGCCGCCUGCUGUGAUGACAUGACCCUGAGCGGGCCUGUGAGGCUCUUCGUCCCCUACAAGAGGCGCAAGAAGGAGAGCGAGCUGCCCGCCACACCCGUCAAGAAGGACACCCCCAAGAACAUCACCCUGCUUCCCGCCGCAGCCGCCACCACCUUCACCGUGACCCCCUCAGGGCAGAUCACUACCUCUGGCGCGCUGACCUUCGACCGGGCGUCCACCGUGGAGGCCACCGCGGUCAUCUCGGAGAGUCCGGCCCAGGGCGACGUCUUCGCGGGAGCCACAGUACAAGAAGCAGGCGUGCAGCCCCCAUGCAGGGUCGGCCACCCGGAGCCCCACUACCCAGGGUAUCAGGACAGCUGUCAGAUUGCACCGUUUCCGGAGGCCGCGUUGCCAACAUCUCAUCCCAAAAUAGUGUUGACAUCCUUGCCCGCCCUGGCGGUGCCGCCUUCCACCCCCACCAAAGCCGUGUCUCCCUCUGUGGUCAGCGGGCUGGAGAUGUCGGAACCGCGGAGCUGGCUGUACCUGGAGGAGAUGGUCAAUUCCUUGCUCAACACCGCGCAGCAGCUGAAGACGUUGUUUGAACAGGCCAAGCAGGCCAGCUCCUACCGAGAAGCCGCCGCGGCCCAGGCCAGAGUCCAGGCGGAUGCAGAGCGGAAAGAGCAGUUCUGUGUCAACUGCGGCCGGGAGGCCCUGAGCGAGUGCACCGGCUGCCACAAGGUCAACUACUGCUCCACCUUCUGCCAGCGCAAGAUUUGCCUCUUCUGGACAUUUCACGUAGCAGGAAUCGUAUAACGUGUGGUCUCCCGCAUCUGGCUUCCUCUGACCAGCGUGUUUUCAAGGUUCAUCCACGUGGAGCCUGAGUAGCGUCCACGGUGUGGCUGGACCUCGUCUUGUCCUCCAGUCCUCAGCCAACGGACAUCUGAGUGGUUCCCGCCAUGUGACUGUCGUGAACACUCACGAGCGAGCUCCAGGGUGGAGACAGGUUUUUGUUUGUCUUGGCUACAUGCGUACAUGGAUUUGCUGAGUCAUCUGGUAAACUUGUGUUUAACUUUAGUAAGAAACUUCCCAACUUUUCCGAAGUGACUGCACUCCCUCGAGCGGUGGGUCCACCCACGUGCACGGCGCUUGCUCUUGCUUUCUGGUCGUAGCCCUGCUACCGGGUGUGAAGCGACAUCAGUGCGUUUAGUCUGCAUCUCCCUGAUGUCUAAGGAGGUUGAGCAUCGUUGUGUGUGCUUAUUGGGCGUUGUAUAUCUUUUGGGGGGAAAUGUCUAUUCAAAUCUUUUGCCCGUUUUUAAAUGGGAUCGUUUCUCUUCUUAUCGAGUGUGAAGAUGUCUGUGUAUAUUCUGGAUACAAGUCCUUUAUCAGAUACGUGAUUUCCAAGUAUUUCCCCCCAGUCUGUGACUUGUCUCUUUAUUUCUUAAUAGUGUCAUUUGAAGGGCAAAAGUUUUUUUAAUUUUGUUGAAGUCCAGUUUACUUUUUAAAAAUUUUUAUUAUCUAGUAUUUUUUAUUUUUGGCCAUACCAUAAGGCUUAUGGGACCUUAGUUCCCGACCGGGGAUCAAACCCGGGCCCCCUGCAGUGGAAGCAUGGAGUCCUAACCACUAGGGAAGUCCCAAGAAGUCCAGUGUAUUAAAAAAACAUUUUUAACGGAGAUCAUGCUCUUGGUGUCAUAUCUCAGAACUUUUGCCUGACUCAAGGUUAGGAAAAUCUCCUAUUUUCCUCUAAAACAUUUAUAAUUUUAGCUCUUUUUUAUUUUCGGCCGCAUAGCGUAGCUUGCAGGAUCUCAGUUCACCAACCAGGGAGUGAACCUCGGCCAUGGCAAUGAAAGUGCCGGAUCCUAACCACUGGACCACCAGGGAACUCCCUUUAAGCUCUUAUUUUUAGACUUAUGACCCAUCUUGAGUUAAUUUUUAGGUAUGGUGUGAAACACUGUGGACUUGAGCCCAGCACACAUGAAGUUUUACAUACUGUAUAUAGACUUACAGAGUCAGGUAAUCUACAUAGUCAGGUAAUUUACAAUUCAAAAUUUAUUCUUUUGAGUCUAAAAAUAACAGGUGUUGGAGAGGGUGUGGAGAAAAGGGAACCCUCUUACACUGUUGGUGGGAAUGUAAAUUGGUGCAGCCACUAUGGAGAACCGUAAGGAGGUUCCUUACUAAACUAAAAAUAGAGUUGCCAUUUGAUCCAACAAUCCCAAUCCUGGGCAUUUAUCCAGAGAAAACACUAAUUCGAAAAGAUACAUGCACCCCAGUGCUCAUAGCAGCACUGUUUACAAUUGGCAAGACAAGGAAGCAACCUAAAUGUCCAUCAACAGAGGAAUGGAUAAAGAAGAUGUGGUACAUACAUACAAUGGAAUACUCCUCAGCCAUACAAAAGAAUGAAAUAAUGCCAUUUGCAGCAACAUGGAUGGACCUAGAGAUUAGCAUUCUGAGUGAAGUAAGUCAGAAAGAGAGAGACAAAUACCAUACGUCACUUAUAUGCGGAAUCUAAAAUACGACACAAGUGAAAUUAUUUACAAAACAGAAACAGACUCACAGACAUAGAGAACAGACUUGUGGUUGCCAGGAGGGAGCGGGGUAGGGGAGGGAUGGACUGGGAUUAGCAGAUGCAAACGAUUAUACAUAGGAUGGAUAAACAACAAGGUCCUAAUGUAGAGCACGGGGAACUAUAUUCAAUAUCCUGUGAUAAACCAUCAUGGAAAAUAAUGUGAAAAAGAAAAAAUAUAUGUAUAUAACUGAAUCACUUUGCUGUACAGCAGAAAUUAACACAAUACUGUA